UUAAAAACGUCAAAGCCACUAAAUGUCAUCUGAUCUCAAAAUGUACUCCAGUUUUUGGUGAGUUUUGCAGCAAUUCAAGUGAUAAUCGGUGAACAAGAGCGUUAUUUUUAUUUUACUCGAAUUUAACGUUAGAAUGAAUUAUUAUCAACCGAUGAAUCACCAAACCCAAUUCCAUUUCCCCCAGUACAACCCUGCAAACGUCCCAAAUUCAUCUACAAACCGAUUUAUUUACGUAAAACACAAUUUUGUUGCUCCGAAUCCAGCACCGAAAGUCCUUGUCAAUCCCCAUUUCAAGAAAAAAGUUUAUGUCAAUCCUCAAUUUAAACCACCCCAAAACCCCGUUCCGACACCAAGCGCAAAACCAAAAAUUCACAUUAAUCCAAACGUUUUGAAAAAUUUCGCUAAAACUGUAAACACGGUGCCAAGGAAAGUUUCAAAAGUUGUCGAAACUCCAAAGUCAACGACUGUGAUAUCUACUAGGAAUAAAUUAAUCCGAAUUCCGUGCAAUUCACCCGAAGUUAGAAAAAGACGUAAUUCGUUGCAUACAAAGUACAAAAUUGUGCGAAAUGGUGCUAAAAACGGUUCUCUAAAUCGAUUUAAACUAGAUAAAAGACAUGACAAAAGUGCAAAUAAAAGUAUUGUUAGAUCUGCGAAAAAACGUUACGUUUACGUGAACCGGUUUUUGAGUAUUGACGUAAUGGCCAAAAACGUACUUCUGAAAAAGAAUUCAAACUUGUCUAAACCGGGAUUUGUUAACAUCAACGGAAUUCUGUACAAAAAAUCCCCGAAUUCCCUGAGGAAAGCCUCAGACACGUCCCUCCUCAAAUCCAGGACCUUCACGAAGUCGUCCAACUCGCGGCGAAGCCUUGUGAAACGUUACAAGCUGAUCAGGUCUAGCUCCUCCCCCAACCACGCCUACAAACUUAGAGCACGCCCUAAUUUUAGGUCGAAAAAGCCCACGCCGAGCAAAUUGCGCAAAUGCAACAUUCCGUGUCCCAUUUUCCGGAAAUACGGAAAAUGUCCCGGAAAAGCGGCCGGCACUUGUUUCAAGCUGCACAACCCCGACCAGAUCAUCCUGUGCACGAGGUUCCUCCAAGGGGCGUGUCGUAAUGAGAAAUGCCUACUUUCGCAUAAAGUUUCGCUUGAAAAAAUGCCGACUUGCAAGUACUUUCUCGACGGGUUAUGUUCCAAGGACAAUUGUCCUUAUCUCCACGUCAGGAUCAGUCCCAAGGCCGACAUUUGCAAGGAUUUCUUGGAAGGUUUUUGCAAGAAGGGCGCUGAGUGCAACAAACGCCACCAAUUUUUGUGUCCUGAAUUCGAGAAGAACAAGAAAUGUGCGAAACGGAGGUGUCCUUACCCACAUGGAAACACGGUAAGAAAAAAUUCAAAGGUUUUAAAUAGGCUUGCCAAGAAAUGUUCAACGAAAAAAGCAAAAAAGGAACCUGUUUUAACGGACGCGCCGGAAAAAAACCGAUAUUACAAGGAAAAAGAAACGGAAAACAAGUGUGUUAAUGGGGAGGAAAAUGUUAUUAAGACUGUUUCAAAGGAUAGGCCAAAAUUGGGGGUUUUACCGGCUUUUAUACCGUUUCAAGCCACGUGACGAAUAUUUCUUGGCAAUUUUAGAUUUUCUUUAUAUUAUCAUUGAAAAAAUAAAACGAAUAAA